GUGGGAAACGAUAACUCCGCCCUUAGUAAAGGAAGUAGCUAGCUAGCUAGCUAGCUAGAUAUCAGACUAGAAGUUUUGUUGUUGCUGUUUUUUAAUAGAAUUAAAUAGCGGUACCACAUUUAACAUAUUUACUCUAAACAUUUUUUGUCGCCUUGUUAGUAUUUUAGACGUGUGAGAUAUUACAGGACGCGAAUUAAGGAUGUGUUUAUGUUAGCUAAGUGUGGAAGCUAGCUACCUGCAAAGGUGUUGAAGGGUUAGCUAGUCAGCAGUAUGGCAUGAUGGCAGCUGCUAAUCGCCAUGACACAGUAAAAAAGCUAUCUUCAGCUUUAUAAACCUGCUGAGGAUUAUAGAGAGGAUUGUUGAAGCUCCAGACUGAAAGCAGUUAGUAGAAGUCAGUUAGUUUAGCGAGCUGGGCUGAGUUGGCAGGUCUGGGGAUUAGUGUUUGUGUUCAGACUGGAUGUCAUGGUUUAUUCCUGGAGCCAUGUCCUGUAAAUCUAAAGUAGCUCCCAGUGUGGAUUUCGACCACAGCUGCUCGGACAGUGUGGAGUAUCUGACCCUUAACUUCGGGCCCUUUGAGACAGUCCAUCGCUGGAGGAGACUUCCGCCCUGUGAUGAGUUUGUGGGCGCGAGACGCAGCAAACACACAGUUGUAGCCUACAGGGAUGCCAUCUAUGUGUUCGGAGGGGAUAAUGGGAAGAACAUGCUUAAUGACCUGCUACGCUUCGACGUGAAGGACUGCUCGUGGUGUCGGGCGUUUACCACCGGGACUCCACCCGCCCCCAGAUAUCACCAUUCCGCUGUAGUGUAUGGAAGCAGCAUGUUUGUGUUUGGUGGCUAUACAGGAGAUAUCUAUUCAAACUCCAACCUGAAAAACAAAAACGAUCUGUUCGAGUACAAGUUUGCCACGGGCCAGUGGACGGAGUGGAAGGUGGAAGGAAGGUUAGUAGCACGCUCUGCCCACGGGGCCACGGUGUAUAACGAUAAGCUGUGGAUCUUUGCUGGUUAUGAUGGAAAUGCAAGGCUGAAUGACAUGUGGACUAUCGGUCUUCAGGAUCGGGAGCAGGCUUGCUGGGAGGAGAUUGAGCAGAGCGGCGAGAUUCCCCCAUCCUGCUGUAACUUCCCAGUAGCUGUGUGUCGGGACAAGAUGUUCGUCUUCUCUGGCCAGAGUGGAGCCAAAAUCACCAACAACCUUUUCCAGUUUGAGUUUAAAGGUCACAUAUGGACCCGUAUCCCGACUGAGCAUUUACUCAGAGGUUCCCCACCGCCGCCGCAGAGGCGUUAUGGCCACACCAUGGUAGCGUUCGACCGCCACCUCUAUGUGUUUGGUGGCGCAGCGGAUAACACGCUGCCCAACGAGCUGCACUGCUACGAUGUGGACUCUCAGACCUGGGAGGUGAUUCAGCCCAGUGCUGACAGCGAGAUGCCGAGCGGGAGACUGUUCCACGCAGCAGCAGUGAUCCAUGAUGCCAUGUACAUUUUCGGAGGAACUGUCGACAACAACGUUCGCAGUGGAGAGAUGUACAGAUUUCAGUUCUCUUGUUAUCCGAAAUGCACCCUUCAUGAAGACUACGGAAAGCUGUGGGAAAACAGACAGUUCUGCGACGUGGAGUUCAUCCUAGGAGAGAGGGAGGAGAGGGUUCUGGGCCAUAUUGCCAUAGUAACAGCACGAUGUCAGUGGCUGCGGAAGAAGAUUCUUCAGACCAGAGAUCGACAGAAACAAAAGAGUAAACACGAGGCCAGUGAGGAGAGCGGGGAGUCGGGAGCAGGCAGACAGAAGGACAGCUCCAGCACUGCAAGGCCAUCAGGAGGUCCUCCUCUGUUGGAGGUGUCCAUCAGAGAGGCUGAGGCUCAGCCCUUUGAGGUGCUGAUGCAGUUCCUGUACACGGACAAGAUCCAGUACCCACGCCGAGGCCAUGUUCAGGAUGUCCUGUUGAUCAUGGACGUAUAUAAACUUGCCCUGAGUUUCAAGCUUUCGCGGCUGGAGCAGCUGUGUGUGCAGUACAUCGAGGCCUCUGUUGACCUGCAGAACGUCCUCAGCGUGUGUGAGAAUGCAAACAAACUGCAGCUCGACCAGCUCAAGGAGCAUUGCCUUAACUUUGUGGUGAAGGAGACUCACUUUAAUCAGGUGAUUAUGACCAAGGAGUUUGAGCAUCUUUCCACUCCUCUGAUCGUGGAGAUCGUGAGACGCAAACAGCAGCCACCUCCCAGAGUCUACUCUGACCAGCCAGUCGAUAUAGGUACAUCUCUGGUGCAGGACAUGAAGGCUUACCUGGAAGGGGCGGGGCUGGAAUUCUGUGACAUCAUCUUGCUGUUGGACGGUCAUCCUCGGCCAGCGCAUAAAGCCAUUCUGGCAGCCCGCUCCAGCUAUUUUGAGGCGAUGUUCCGCUCGUUCAUGCCCGAGGACGGACAGGUGAACAUCUCUAUAGGAGAAAUGGUGCCGAGCAAACAGGCCUUCGAGUCCAUGCUGCGCUACAUUUAUUACGGAGACGUCAACAUGCCUCCAGAGGAUUCGCUCUAUUUGUUUGCAGCUCCGUAUUAUUACGGCUUCUCCAACAACAGGCUGCAGGCUUACUGCAAGCAGAACCUGGAGAUGAACGUUACUGUAGAGAAUGUCCUGCAGAUACUGGAGGCAGCGGAUAAGACUCAGGCUCUGGACAUGAAGAAGCACUGUCUGCAUAUUAUAGUGCACCAGUUUAUCAAGGUGUCCAAGCUCCCCAACCUGCGAUCGCUCAGCCAGCCACUGCUGUUGGACAUCAUAGAGUCUCUGGCAUCACACAUAUCAGAUAAACAGUGUGCCGAGAUGAGCUCCGAUAUAUAGGCAUGUCUCCUGGUCUCGUCUCGUCUCGUCUCUUCUCACCUGUUUAUUUAUUCAUCUCAUGCAGUGUCUCUGCCGUUUCUCCCCUCCCCUUUCUCCGCGCUUGUUCUUCCUACAGCCUGCUUCUCUUUCCUCUAACAACUGAAUCUGUGGAAAAUUCUGUGCAUGGUUAACUUCCUGACAGAUAUACUAACACAUUCAUUUGUUAAAAUGCUAACUGGUUUAAAGUACCUCUGAACAUGUUGCUUUAACACAUUAAAUAUAUUUUAUGUAAGGUUAUAAACCAUCCUAAUAUAAAUGACUCUCAUUAAAUAACAGUAAUUCCUGUACUUAUGAAUAUUCAUGAAUAUGCAAAUUAGAAAGGCCUUUAUGUCCCGCUGCUUUCCCAAAUAACUAGCCGUACUCGUUGGCAACUAACUGUGGUAUAAGUGGAAUAAAACACUUCAGGACAUGUUGUUAUUGGAAAAUAAUCCACUUUUGGGUUGGCAUUGAUUUUUUUCCUAGAACAGCAUGCCACAACAUACAUUAUAUGGCCAAAAGUAUGUGGACACCUGACCAUCGCACCCAUAUGUGGUUCUUCCCCAAACUGUUACCACAACGUUGGAAGCUCACAAUUGUGUAGAAUGUCUCAGUACACUGUAGUAUUACAAUUUCCGUCACUGAAACUAAGAGGACCAAACCUGUUCCAGCAUGACAAUGCUCCUGUGCACAAAGAGAGCUCCGUGAAGACAUGGUUUGACAAGGUUAGAGUGGAAGAACUCAAAUGUCCUGCACAGAGCCCUGACCUCAACCCCACUGAACACGUUUAGGAUGAACUGGAACGCAGACUACAAACUCGAAAUCAGCGCCUGAUCUCACUAAUGCUCUUUUAGCUGAAUGAACACAAAUCCCCACAGCCACACUCCAAAAUCUAGUGGAAAGCCUUCCCAGAAGAGUGGAGCUUAUUAUAACAGCAAAGGGGGAAAUAAAUCUGGAAUGAGACAAUGUUCAACAAGCACAUAUGGGUGUGAUGGUCAGGCUUCCACAGACUUUUCGCCAUAUAGUGUAGCUUCUGUAUUUUAUUUGUGUAUGACUGUCUAUACAAUUUAAUACAACUAAUUUAAUCUAAUACAACAUGUUUGUAUAUGACUGUCAAUACACUAGUAAAUUUCCGUUAUGUUAUGAUUUGCAUAUCGGACAACUGGUCCAAAGCACUGGAACCUAUUUUCUGACCUCAUAAUUGGAGUGAAUAUUUUUUUUGUCAGAAAAUAACACAUUAAAUAAAUCAGUUAUGUUUUUAUGUUCAGGGGUACUUCAAAAUGAUUCUUCACACAUUUAAAAGAAAACAUGUAUGUUACCAUAAUGGCAAUUAUGUGAACAAUUAUAACCAACAGCUGUUCAGUAUCAUUAACUUCUCUUUACACUGGUGCCAUUAUUAAUCAAUCCUAUUAAGUGCUCUGAAUCUAUGAUUGUUUUCUACUCUGCACUGUAAAUAUUAUAUACUGAGAUUUAUUUAUUCCUAAACUAUUCAGUUUAUAUUUUGACCUCUUUAUUGUCAGUUCUAAAUGUUUCUGCUUGCAGUUAAAUGACUAACCUAAAUAAAUAUGUACAGCUUCACAAUUCUGGUACUGUAUGAUUUAUAUAUUAACUGCAGAGACCUUAAGUGGACUUACUUUAUCUGCGUUACUUCUUCAUUAAUAAAAUUUCAACUGUUUUAUUUGGUCAUUCAUUCACUUCUUUAAAUUGAAUGACAUUGAUGGUUCUACUUUAGCGGGUUUCCACAUCAGUGGGGGCAAAUACUUAUGCAGUCACAAUCACUUGCAGUGGUGUUUUAUUUGUAAACAAUUUUGCACUUCGAUUUUAUGUGGUAUUUUGUGUAGAUUCCUGACAUAAAUCCCAAUUAUGUCUAUUUCAACUCCAGGUUGUAACAUUACAAAAUGCAGAAAUGUUUAAGGGGGGUGAAAACUUCUGCAAGGCACUGUAAAUCUGAUAACCGUAGCUACCAGACUUGGAAUUCAAAUGCUUUCUGCAGUUGCAACAGUGUUUUAGUUGUUUCUUUGUCUAAGUGAUGACCAUCUUUCUACCUCUGACUCUCUGCUGAUUCUUGGAUGGAGAAGACGAAACAAAAGAUGGAAUGAAAGAGAGGUUUUGGACAGAAGCACAAAGAGGCUCAUUGAUGCUGUGAGUCUGUGCUCUUAAACACCACUGCCAGCAAGUGCAACUGGACCUGAGGGGCAUUCAGGCCACCCAAAGCCUCGGGGCUUCGACACUGGCACAAAAACUCACUGCUGCUUUAACGGCGAGGGAAACCAACUGCUUUAAAUUUCCCAACUGCUUUAAAAACUCAACAGUCAGAAUUUAAAUGCAGCGUGACCUCAGUGUGGAAUUUAGUGAAGUGAAUCUGAUAUUCACUGAAUACUCUAAAAGCUUAAAAUGUUCAUACAGUGAAACUAAACAACUGAGCCAUAUUUGCAAUUUGAGUAAUUUUUCUUUUUAAUAAUAACAGGAAUGGACUGAACGGACCUCCUAUAAUUCACUACUGUUCUUUCUUAGCAUUAUUAAUGCUCAGUGUGCAUCCCUACAUAAAUAACAGCUCAUUUUCAGACCCUA